AAGAAUAAUCAUCAGCAAACAACUCAUAUCAUCAAUUUUGUCUUAACCCUACUCCACAACUCAAUUUGUUCACAUACAUCCCUAGAAGAAAAUGGCAGAUUUUGCAACAAAAUUGAUGUGCUUGUUCCUCAUUCUUGGCCUUGCUGCCCCUAGCCUGGCCACUGAAUACGUGAUUGGCGGCCCAGCUGGUUGGGACCUAAACGUUGAUCUUAGUUUGUGGCUUAACGGAAAGAUCUUUAAGGUUGGCGACGUUUUUGUUUUCAACUACGACCCAAAACUCCACAACUUGGUUCGAGUAGACCUCGUGGGUUUCACUACUUGCCUUCCACUCAAUAUAUUGAGCAUUGAUACCAGCGGGAAGACCAUUAUCACUCUUGACAAACCUGGAGUUUUCUACUACAUUUCUUCUCUUUUCACCGAUUGCCUUAGCGGUCUCAAGAUCAAAAUUACAGUACUUUGAGAAACAAGCUUGGAAGCUGAAUGUGUUAUGAUCAUUAGGAUUUAUGAAUGAUGUUUGUAACAUUCAUCGUUACGGACCAUGCAUGUGUUAAGAAUAAACUGCUUUUAAUGCAGGCUAGUCUCGUUUGGAAAAUAAUUAUACGUCUCUCAAUGAGAGGAUUGGUAUAUCAGUGCCUUAUUGUUGUUUUGUAAGUCCUUUAAUGAAGAGUUUCUUUUUCUGCA